AAAGCUCACAAACAUAUCUUAGUUAUCUUUACCCUUGUUUCUCCUACAAAUCUUUCCAAUUUUUCAUAAAUUGCACAAAACCAUAGUCGAAUUGUGAUCGACGUCGGCCGGAUCUUUUGUAGUCUUUUAUUUUCUAUCUUAUCUGGUAAAGGAGAGAAGACCUUCGACCGUUGUUUCACGAUGGAUAGGGUGAUGAGAUUGGUGUCCAAGAAUGCGGUUGUGAUCUUCAGCAUGAGCUCUUGUUGCAUGUGCCACUCAAUCAAGCAGCUCUUCCGAGGGUUGGGAGUUAAUGUAGUUGUUUACGAGCUUGACGAGGACACGAGGGGAAGAGAAAUGGAGAAUGUGCUCGUGAGGCUACUUGGUCGUAAUCCACCUGUGCCUGCAGUGUUCAUAGGGGGUGAACUGGUAGGCCCUACUGACUCGGUAAUGUCUCUCCACCUCAAUGGGUCUCUAGUUCCAAUGUUGAAAGCUGCUGGAGCACUCUGGCUCUGAAAUCAUGUAAAACAAUAAGUUCAAAAGAAGAAAGUUUUUGAAUUAGUUAUCA